CCAUAUGCGCAAUCUCCAACACACCCAUGAGAAACUUACAAUAUGGCAGAAACAUAAUUUCUUUGAUAAACCAAAGGGCAAAAUCGUCAAGCAAUUACCCAGUUCCACCAAGUCCAGAAGUCUGGGCUCCGUAUCACGGAGCAUCUUCUCUCAGCUUUCGUUGGGGCAUGUGGUCGAGCUGCGGCCAUUACAGAGGCUGAACAAGCUCAUUGCCUCAUCUUCAAACAUGGGUUAUAUGGAGAGACAACGCUGAUGACAUCCCUUCUCGACAUGUACUGUAAAUGCAAACACUUGCGUGAAGCUCGCAAGGUGUUCGAUGAAAUGCCCGAAAGAGAUGUCGUUGCGUUUAACAGCAUGAUUUCUGGGUUUUUUCGGUGUAAUUUAACAACAGAGGCAAUAGAAUUGUUUUAUAGUAUGUCUCUGCGCGAUGUGGGAUCCUGGAAUUCUUUGAUUUCCGGACUCGGUCAGAACUCAGAGGGGAGGGUUGCAUUGGUGUAUUUUGAGAAGAUGAGAUUGGAGGGAGUUGUAAUUGAUGUUGUGACCUUGGUGAGUGUUCUUUCGGUUUGUGCUGACAUUGCUGCAUUAAUUAGAGGUAAACAAGCUCAUGGGUUGGUGAUCAAAUUUGGAUUUCCUUCAUAUUUAGUUAUUGGCAAUGCCAUUGUUGACAUGUACGCCAAAUGCGGAUUCAUGGUGGAUGCGCAUCAAUGUUUCAGGAACAUGCCGAUCAGGAAUGUAAUUUCAUGGACUUCUCUAAUUGUGGGUUAUGGAAAACAUGGGCUGGGUAUUAAAGCUCUCGAGGCAUUUGAUGAGAUGGAAAUGGAGGGUAUUGUACCAAACAAGAUCACUUUCUUGGGUACUUUAUAUGCAUGUAGCCAUGCAGGAUUGGUGCAAGAAGGAUGGAGGAAUUUCAACAUUAUGGUACAUAAAAUACUCUAUGACACCCCUGAUGGAGCACUACACAUGCAUGGUGGAUCUACUUGGACGAGCUGGGUGCCUAACUGAGGCUUAUGAUUUCAUAAAGAAGAUGCCAGUGAAACCGGAUGCAAGGCUUUUGACAGCACUUCUUAGUUCAUGUUGCUCACAUGGGAAUGUGGAGCUUGCAAGGACUGUUGGAAGCCAACUACUUGAGCUAGAACCUGAUGAAGCAGGGGCUUACAUGCUGCUAUCCAACUUUUACGGACUUGUCCGGGACAUGGAUAGUGUUGCCAAUAUUAGGAGAGUGAUGUUGAACAGAGGAAUAAGAAAAGAAAAGGCAUAUACAUGGAUUGAGCUUGACACAAAAAUUCAUCGUUUUGAAUCAGGAGAUAGAUCUCAUCCCCUUAGCAAAGAGAUUUAUGGUUACUUAGAAAAUCUUGUUCAUAAGAUGAAGAAAAUUGGGUAUGUGCCAAACACAAGCAUGGUUAUGCAAAAUGUGGAAGAAGAUGUGAAGGAAGAAAUAGUUCUUGCUCACAGUGAGAAAUUGGCAAUUGCUCUUGGGCUUAUAUGUACACCCCCAGGAGCUCCUAUUUUGAUUGUUAAAAACCUUAGAAUAUGUGUAGACUGUCAUUUGGCAACUGGGUUGAUCUCAAAGAUCGAAAAGCGGGAGAUUGUGGCAAGGGAUUCAAAUAGAUUUCAUCAUUUUAAAGAUGGGGUUUGCUCUUGUGGAAAUCGCUGGUGAAUGGUGAAGACUAAAUUGGAGAUCAUUGCAAGUGGACUCUGGACUUACCUCUCCUGCCGAUAAGACAUCAAACCGACUUUCUAAUUUCCUAUUUCUUCACCUUCUUCAUCUUUGGAUUCUUCAUCUUCAUCCUCGGGACUCAAAAUAUCAAAUACAAAUGGCC